GCGAGAUGUGAAACGCGCACUUCCCGUACACAGAGCUGCAAGCUGAUAGUGGUGUGUGUAGUGUUUGUUUGCAACAUGAAGCUUGUCAGUUGGAACAUAAACGGCAUAAGGACCUUUAGAAACGGCAUUAAGUCGGCGCUGGACGCGUUCGACGCUGAUAUAAUAUGCGUGCAAGAGACUAAAGUGACGCGUGACCUGCUAGACGAGAGGACUGCAAUUGUGGAUGGAUACAACUCUUAUUUCAGCUUCAGCCGGGGACGCACUGGAUACUCGGGUGUCGCGACGUUUUGUAAAGACUCCGCCACCCCAUUGGCUGCAGAAGAAGGACUGACGGGUCGCCUUGUCAACCACACAGAGGCCGUCGGUUGCUACGGUGAUCAGGGAGAAUUCUCCAUAGCGGACCUCCAAUCGCUUGAUAAUGAAGGAAGAGCCGUUAUCACCCAACACAAGAUCAAGCAUUCAGGGGAAGCAGAGGGAUCUGAGACACUUACCGUCAUCAAUGUGUAUUGCCCGCGUGCAGAUCCAGAAAAGCCAGAAAGGAAGCUUUUUAAACUGCAGUUUUACAAACUCCUACAGAGCAGAGCUGAGGCGAUUGUGGGGCCCAAAAGUCACGUGAUCAUCUUGGGCGAUAUAAACACUUCUCAUCGGCCCAUAGACCACUGCGACCCAGAUGAUGUGGAGAAUUUUGAGGAUAAUCCAGGCAGAAAAUGGUUGGACAGCUUCCUGUUUAGCCCGGCAGAGAAGGAGAGUGACGAGGACGAAGGUACUGAGCCCGCACAGAAUUGUGUGUCUGGCGGUAAUUUUAUUGACUCCUUCCGCUAUUUCCAUCCUACACGUACCAACGCCUUCACAUGUUGGUCUUCACGUACUGGUGCUAGGCAAACCAACUAUGGCACCCGCAUCGACUAUAUCUUUGCCAGUCGUUUGCUGGCUGAGAAGCAUUUACUGAAUUCAGACAUCAUGCCAGAAGUGGAGGGUUCUGAUCACUGUCCCAUAUGGGCUAAAUUAAGCUGUACAUUUGUAUCCAGUCCGAGGUGCCCUGCUCUGUGCACCUGUUAUAUGCCUGAGUUCAUGGGGAAGCAGCAGAAACUCUUGCGCUUUCUUGUUAAGGUUUCUGAUCAGCACAAUGGUGUUCAAAACAGUGAAAGGCCUUUGCCUGGAUCGCAAGAGGCUGGGGAAAUUCGUGAGAACGUCAAUCCGUCAGCAACAGGUGUCAGUUCUGAGAACAAGAGACCUUCAGAGAGACUACCAGAGUCAUCAACAUUCAAAAAAAGCAAACUUUCUAAAAAGACAACUAAACCCCAGGGCAGUCUAUUGACCUUCUUUAAACCUAAACUGAGCCCAGUGGUAUCUUCAAGUCAGAGCCUAAGCUCAGCAGGAAACUCUAAGACAGCUUUAAAAACUGGUGGCAUCACACCAGAGAUCCACGAAAAUACAGGAAACAGCAACAGCUGCUCUGCAACCCAAAGCCUGCUUACUGACACCAGAACUGAAGCGAUUGUCAACGAUGAAAUAAGUAACUUUGGGUUGACAAACAAUAAGAAAGAAGAGUGUUGUCAGGAUCCGAUCCAAAACGCCACCAAACCCAAUCAGGAGAACAAGAAGGGGUCCUGUCCCGACUUUUGGAAAUCAGUUUUGCAUGGACCACCCCAGCCGCCGCUGUGUAACUCCCACAACGAGCCAUGUGUGCUGCGGACUGUAAAGAAACCUGGACCAAAUUUGGGCAAGCAGUUUUUCGUAUGCGCCCGUCCUCAGGGGCACACAUCAAAUCCACAGGCAAGGUGUAAUUUCUUUGCCUGGGUGGAAAAGCAUAAGUAGAAGCCAAAUAAGGUGUUAAACAAAAAUCCGGUGCUAGAAAUUUGUUGAAAAAUCUAUUUUUGUAUGUUUUAUAUUGUAGUAAUAAACGAUUUAUCCGUUUCA